AUGAUCCGCUCGGGAGAAGCCAUUAUUCGCACUGCCCGAAAGUACAACUUGGGCUUAGAUCUUCGCACAGCGGCUUAUGCUAACGUAAUAGAAAAAAUAUAUAAUACCUACAAAACUGCUGGUUUUGCUUUUACUUAG